AUGGCAGUAGAAGUACCGCUCGUCAGUGUGGGGGCUGUGCUGCUGAUUGUGCUUUUGAUUUUACUGAUUUGCACUUUAAGCUCCAGAGACAAAUCAGUGCAAGAAGACCACAAAGAAACAGUUGAAUCCAAACCACUGAAGUGUCUGUCCCAGCUCCAUCCCUUCUCCUCAUCUCCUUCCCUCCCAGGUCCUCCCAGCUUCUUUCUCAUCGGAAAUAUGAUGGAGUUCACACACGAUCAUCUACCGAUUCACCUGACCAAUCUGGCACGGCGGUAUGGGAACAUCUACCGUCUGAAAUGUGGAAGCACAACCAUGGUGGUACUUAGCAGCAGUGAAGUCAUAAGAGAAGCACUAGUGAAAAAAUGGUCAGACUUUGCAGGGAGACCAGUUUCAUACACAGCUGAUAUUGUGUCUGGGGGUGGAUGCACCAUCUCUCUGGGGGAUUACAACGAGGAAUGGAGAGCACAUCGUCGUCUCGUACACAGUGCUUUGCAGCGCUGCUGCCAGCAGUCUUUGCAUGACGUGAUUGAAAGGCAGGCACUGCAUCUGAGAAAGGUGUUGUUCCAAUACCAAGGCAAGGCCGUUGAUAUUUCUGAGGAUUUCACAGUGGCAGCCAGUAACGUCAUCACAACUUUGGCUUUUGGAAAAGAGUAUGAUAAGAGCUCACUGGAGCUGCAGGAGCUGCACAGCUGUCUGAAUGAGAUUGUUGCUCUGUGGGGCUCCGCUUGGAUUUCUGCCCUGGACUCCUUCCCACUGCUCAGAAAAUUACCCAAUCCUGUGUUUUCCCGUCUCCUGAAAGAGGUAUCCAGGAGGGAUGGAAUAAUUCAAGAACAUCUCAAAAACUAUAAGUUACAAGACAAGAAAAAUGAGGACGCCAUUACAGCAUCUCUGCUUCAAGGUCUUGACGCACAGCACAACACAGAGCAAGGAGUGCUUCUCACAGAUGUCCACGUUCACAUGGCCACUGUGGAUCUUCUGAUUGGAGGAACAGAGACCACAGCAGCCUGGCUAAACUGGACUAUAGCCUUCCUCCUGCACAGACCUGAGGUGCAGACAAAGGUUUACGAGGAGCUGUGCACAGUACUAGAGGGAAGAUACCCCAAGUACAGUGACAGGCACAGACUGCCUGUCCUGAGCUCUCUGAUUAGUGAGGUGCUCAGACUCAGGCCUGUUGCCCCACUGGCUGUGCCACACAGAGCCAUCAGAGACAGCAGUAUUGCAGGUUACUUUAUUCCCAAGAACACUGUCAUCAUUCCUAAUCUUUUUGGAGCUCACCAUGAUCCUGCAGUGUGGGCUGACCCAUACUGUUUCAAACCAGAGCGCUUCCUGGAAGGUGGAGGAGGCUCAAAUCGUGCCCUGAUCCCUUUUGGAGGGGGGGCUCGGCUGUGCCUGGGGGAGUCGGUUGCUAAAAUGGAGCUAUUCCUGUUCACUGCUUACCUGCUCCGAGAUUUCCAGUUCAUCCUUCCUGAGAGUGAGGCCUCUCUGCCUGACCUGAGAGGAGUUGCUAGUGUUGUGCUCAAGGUCAAGUCCUACACGGUUAUUGCACGCCCAAGAACUGAGACCAACUCCUGAACUAUGCCGUACUGAUAAUUUGUUGCUUAAAUAUUGUGAAUUUAUGUUCAAAUAAAUGUUUUUGUGUUAUGUUUAAAGUAUUUUAUAUCUUCCUUGUUUUCUAUUUUACAUGAAUACCUCAUAUAUGUGGUUGUCGUAUU